GAUGAACCUACUAGAUUUAAAAGCGGAGCUUGUGGCGUUGUCCUAUAAAUAUUAUUAUUCUUCAGCACCAGGGUAUAGAGCAUCUUUCUUCAACAAAGGAAUUUACGUGUAUCUUUUUUAUCUUUAACAUCUGAAAAAAGUGUAAUACACACAAUCAGCCGCCCAGCACUACCCAGCAGGCAGCGUGGAAGAAACUCCCCCAAAGAGCACUCAUCUACAUGUGAUGAUGCAUCGGAGUUGAGCCAGGUGCUCGUCAGAACAAGCAAAUCAGAAAUAUUGGCAUUUUUCCGAGGCCGUUGGUACCACGAUGAAGCGUGUCUUGGCGAUAAGCCUCCUAUCUCUGUCCACCGUCGGGCUCGUGCUGUCCACUGCCUGUCCACCAGACAUCUGUGACCGUGUGGACUGUGAGCCUGUGGAGCCGGCUACCUGUACCGGGAAAGUGGUCAAGAACACGGACAGGUGUGGCUGUUGCGACGUGUGCAUGGAUGUGAUCAAACCUUUCCAGCCAUGUAUGGACACCGUCAGGGCAGACCCGCCCACCGCUGUGUGUCAGGACGGCUACUGGUGUGACAAUCUGCGAGAACGUUGCACGAUCCUGUUGCCCGGCAAGUAAUUCUAACGACUCAGUGCCUGAGUGCGUCAUCAUUAUGAGACUGUGAUGGAAAUCUUAAUAAAGUCUUUAGCAACAAUCUAGAUCUCCAGAACACCUCUGUAAAAACUGCUGGAAUCACAGUAAAGUCAACACAAUACAACGCCAUGGACUGUGUUCUCUGUGCUCAGAAAGUUUUUAACUACUGAGUUCCCGAAACGGCGCUUAAAAAAAGAAAUAAACUCACAUACUUUAUCACAAGCUUA